CAGCAACUGCAACUCUCCGCCCCACUGCUGACUCCCACAUCAAGCCUAUCACUCCGAUCCCGCCUGGAUCAGCCUCUCGGCUGGCAGCGCGAGGGGGUCGGUUUGGCAGAAGCCAAUGUUCUCUAUUUACCGCCUCGCCGCCGCAGCCGCCGUGCCAGUCAGCCGGGUCAUUUCCGCGAAGCCGCGGCUGAUAUUUCCGUAACGUGUCUAGUUCUGUCUGGUCCCUCUCGUAUCGCAGCCCUGGCGUGCACCGCCUUGGCGUGCCAGUGCAUCGGUCCUACACCGGCCCGGGGCCUGCCGCUGGUCUAGGGGCAAUGGAUCUCCCUCAACCCUCUGCUGCCGCCGACGGCCCGUUGCCUGGCGCCUGGUCGUCGCACGGCCCACUGUCGCAGGGGUCGCAGGAUGCACCGUCGCCGAUGUCGCCGAUGUCGCCGAUGUCGCUGCCGGUGCACGUGGUGACGGACGCCAGUCAGCUCCCGCCCGAGCUCCUGCACCCGCCCGCGCCGCCCGCCCCGCCGCUCGUGAUCGGAUUUGACUGCGAGGGGAUCGACCUGGCGCGGCACGGGCAGCUGUGCGUGAUGCAGCUGGCCCUGCCGUGCGCCAUCUACCUGGUGGACGUGGUGGCGGGCGGGCGACAGCUGGUGGAAGAGUGCAAGGGCGCGCUGGAGAGCCCACGGGUCGUCAAGGCCAUCCACGACUGCAAGCGCGACGGGGAGGCUCUGUACUUUCAGUUUGGGGUUCGGCUGCAGGGAAUAUUUGACACACAGCUGGCGCACGCGCUGAUAGAGGAGGCGCGGGGCAGCGCGGACGUGCAGUCGGACCAGAUCUCCUUCGUGCAGCUCGCCAGCAUGCCGCAAUACUGUGGGGUUGCAUAUGAUGAGAAGGAGGAAGUGCGCCAACUCAUGAGACAGGAUCCGGCCUUCUGGGAGCACCGCCCAUGGACGCCAGUGAUGCUGCGCGCAGCAGCAGACGACGUGCGCUUCCUGCCGACCAUCCACCGCCGCAUGCAUGCACUGCUAUCAGCCGGCCCCAAUGGGCCAACCAGGUUGCGCCAGUUGGCAGUGCAGAGCGAGCUGCACGCGCGCUGCUUCUGCCUGGGCGCGCAUGAGUGGCCUGCGCCCGUGCCCUGGGCGGAUGACGGGCUGCAGGGGGGCCAGUUGGUGGAGAACGGUGGCUCUGCGGACAUGGUCAGCAGCAGCAGCGCCACAAGUGAGGAGAGCAGUGGGGGGCCGGUUGAGGAGAUUCUAUCGGUGGUGGAUGUGCCUCAGGGGCUCAUGGGGCUGGUCAUCGGCAGGAGGGGCAUGACCAUCCGCUCCAUCAAAGAGUCCUGCAGAGCGCACAUUGUUCUGGGAGGACAGAAGGGCCCUCCUGACAAGGUGUUCAUCAUCGGGCCGGUGAAGGAGGUGCGCAAGGCCGAAGCCAUCAUCCGCGGCAAGGUCGCCAGGUGACCGCGCGCACGCUGCACGCUGGACUGCUGGGCAGGUGGACCAGUGGAUGGGUGGGUGGUGAAGGGUACAUGGUGGACGGUGGACGGUGGAGGGUGGAAGGGCGGAAGGGUGGAUGGGGGGAUUGAAAGGGUGGAUGGUUGGAGGCUCUUGGUUUCCAAGCAGCAGAAUAUGGUGUUACGCAGAGGUGUGGGUAUAGGGGCCCAAAAUAUCCGGGUAAAAUGCCUUGUGUACUCUGAUUUUCAGGGUACUUUUUUUAAGUCAGGUCGAAUUCCUACAUUGUUGAUCCUGAUAAAAAACCUGAGAAUUAUUAUUGAUCCGCUUGA